CUCCGCCGACUACAGAUGGGGCCAUGCACUGAGCCCCGCCCCCUUGUCAAAAGCGGCCACACCCCGCCUCCCCAGUCGCCCAUCAUCGCAGCUCCUCCCACCACCAGCCUAGACGUCACGGGAGCCCGGAGAUCCCGCAGAGCGGCACCGCACACAAGGGCAGACAGAGGACUUCCCGCACCCAGAAAUACGCUGAAGAAUCUUACGAUCGAUUCAAAACCGAGGCUGACCCAACAUCCAUGCAGAAUGCCUGUCACAGCCCAAGCCUUUGUCACCCUCGGCACCAAUGAUCUCUAUUGUCAAGGAGCCUUAGUUCUCGGGAAAUCGCUAAGAAAUCAUAAAACAUCCCAUCAGCUGGUGGUCAUAGUGACGUCGGAGGUUACAGGUCGAAUGAGGGGAAUCCUGCGGGAAGUUUUUGAUGAAGUAGUUGAGGUGGACGUCUUGGACAGCGCAGACUCGGUACGCCUGUCUUUGCUGAAGAGACCAGAACUUGGGGUGACCUUCACCAAGAUCCGGUGCUGGACCCUCACACAGUAUACAAAGUGCGUGUUCAUGGAUGCCGACACCAUCGCUCUCUGUAACAUAGACGAGCUCUUUGACCGGGAGGAGUUCUCAGCUGCUCCUGACUCUGGUUGGCCGGAUUGCUUUAACAGCGGAGUGUUUGUGUUCAGACCGUCCCUGGAGACCUUCGGAAGGCUUCUUAAGUAUGCAGAAGAUCACGGCAGUUUUGAUGGCGGUGACCAAGGGCUAUUAAAUAGUUUCUUUGGCAACUGGGCAACGGCUGACAUCAGCAAACAUCUACCCUUCAUCUAUAAUCUAAGUAUCAGUUCUAUAUACACAUACUCGCCAGCCUUUAAACAAUUUGGCUCCGAGGCGAAGGUUGUUCACUUCAUCGGCACCCCUAAGCCAUGGAACUGUAAAUAUAAUCCACAAACCAAAGGGAUUGUAGAAGAGGAACCUCUGAGUGGGAACCAGACUCUGCCACUCCUGGUGCUGUGGUGGCAGACGUACAUAUCGGAUGUUCUACCGCUAUUAACAGAACAGCAAGUGCCAAACGGCUCUGAAAAUAAGGUUGGAAGGAUAGAGUUUCAGAUAAAGAACGACCCUUCUAUAGACUCCGUAGAAGAAGUUCCUGCAGGCAAUCCUGACAGCACGCUGCCGGAUACUAGCUCUGUGCAGCCUCCAGCAGAUGACAAUGUACAAGAUCAAGACCUCCUGCUCUCAUCCCCGGUCAACCAUGAGCCUGUAAAGGAAGAUAACACCUAUAUGGAUCACCUUGUGCAGUCUGCAUCGGAGUUGUCCCUCCGCGAGGCAGAAGAGAAACUGCAAAGAGCGGAGGAGCGCAGAGAAUGGGAGGAAGGUCACAUGGAUUACAUGGGAAGACACUCUUUUGAGAGCAUCCAGAAAAAGCUGGACCAGUUUUUACAGUGAAGAGAUCUUUCAAAUUUUUACCGCGGUGCUGUGAAACUUACAUUUUUCAUUAUUUAUUAUGCAGUGACAGCGUUUCAUUUUAAUCUUUAUCGAGCCCUUUUUUUUUGCUGAUUAAACUGGCGUUGAACUAA